UCUCCUUCCCUCCUCCGCUCUCUUCUCCCUUCAGUUGUUUUCUUCCCCGUCUCUAUAGUAGUCCCCUCCUUUUUGUCCUUUUCGUUUUCUAAAAUUUGGCUUGAUUUUCGUUGUGGUUCUGGCAACCUUUUUGCUUCCUUCUGGCCGGCGAUGUUUCUUCCCGACGACCUUGCCGGCAAACUGCCAGCGGUUUCCCAGGACCAACAGCAACCGGCGAGAGCCAACCUCCAUAAGGGCCGACCGGGCCGCGUAGCGGUCGGAAGCGGCCAACCCGUCUCGGAAAUCGACGAGCGGAAAAGGCGACGAAUGAUAUCGAAUCGGGAAUCGGCGAGACGGUCUCGGAUGAGGAAGCAGAGGCACCUCGACGAGCUGCGCUGCCUGGUGAACCGGCUCCGCCUGGAGAAGCGGCAGAUGGUUAACCGGCUCGGCGUGCUCACCUACCUCCACCACCAGAUCCUCCUCGACUCCUGCCGCCUCCGCUCCGAGCACGCCGACCUCUCCCAGAAGCUGGCCGAGCUGCGCCGGAUCCUCGCGCUCCGCGACCUCAGUGAAUUCUCCUGCAACUCUUCCUGCCAUUUCAGCGAGGGGAUGCUCAACCAGAUUCCCUCCUCAUUAAUCACUUAAAACAACUGAACUCAUCUCUUUCACUCCCACCAUCACUUAAAACAACCCCUUAUAAACCGAGAAGAGGACUGGAAUUGCACCCCUCUCUCUUGCUUAUUACUAUUACCGUAUAUUGAUUAUAAUAUGUUGGUAGCUCAGCAAGGAGAGAACCUCUUAAUCUUAUGGUUGAGAUGAGAAUACACAAGGACUGCUUUUUCCGA